CUGGUGAGGUUCUUCAUAGGUAGGAGCACGGCAGCCUGGCAGGUCGGGUCUCUGGUUCGUAAGCAGGGACUGCUGGCGUUCAGCAUGUCUUUCAUCCAGGUAGAUAAGGAUUCAGAUUUUCCUCUCCAAAAUCUCCCUUAUGGGGUUUUCUCCACUAAGGAGGAGCCUCGGCACAGGAUUGGGGUAGCGAUUGGAGACCAGAUUUUGGAUCUCAGCGUCAUCAAGCAUCUGUUCAAUGGACCAGCUCUUGCCAAACACCAACAUGUCUUUGAUCAGCCCACCCUCAAUGCCUUCAUGGAGCUGGGCCCCACGGCCUGGAGGGAAGCCCGGGCCCUGCUGCAGACGCUGCUGUCAGCCGCCGAGCCAACGCUGCAGGACAACGUGGGCCUGCGGAAACGAGCAUUUGUACCUCAGGCUUCUGCUACCAUGCACCUGCCAGCACACAUCGGAGAUUACACGGACUUCUACUCGUCACGACAACACGCCACCAACGUCGGGAUCAUGUUCCGGGGGAAGGAGAACGCGCUGAUGCCCAACUGGCUGCACUUACCCGUGGGUUAUCACGGCCGGGCAUCUUCCGUCGUGGUGUCUGGGACGCCUAUCCGGAGACCUGUGGGACAAAUGAGACCUGACAAUGAUAAACCUCCAGUGUUCGGUGCUUGCAAGCGUCUGGAUAUUGAAUUAGAAAUGGCAUUCUUUGUGGGACCUGGAAACAAGUAUGGGGAGCCAAUCCCUAUCAGCAGAGCCCACGAGCACAUCUUUGGGAUGGUCCUUAUGAACGACUGGAGUGCUCGCGACAUCCAGAAAUGGGAAUAUGUUCCUCUGGGCCCGUUCCUGAGCAAGAGCUUUGGCACAACCAUCUCGCCUUGGGUUGUCACCAUGGAAGCUCUCAUGCCAUUUGUGCUGCCCAACCCUGUCCAGGAUCCCAAGCCACUUCCCUACCUUCAGGAUGAAGAACCCUACACUUUCGACAUCAAUCUCUUUGUUGCCAUUAAAGGAGAAGGAAUGAGCACGCCAACUACUAUAUGCAGAUCCAAUUUCAAGCACAUGUACUGGACGAUGAAGCAGCAGCUGGCUCACCAUUCGAUCAACGGGUGCAACCUCAGGCCUGGCGACCUCCUGGCAUCAGGAACUAUCAGUGGGCCUGAACCUGAGAGCUUUGGCUCCAUGCUGGAGCUGUCUUGGAAUGGGACAAAAGAAAUCCCCCUUGGCAGUGGACAGUCUCGUAAAUUCCUGCAGGAUGGAGAUGAAAUCGUUUUAACAGGUUACUGCCAGGGCAGCGGCUACCGCGUGGGGUUCGGCCAGUGCUCAGGAAAAAUCCUUCCAGCCAUGUCAGGUCCGUGAUGACUGCUGUAAGGUGGUGUCCGAGGAGGAAGAGAAGAAGGAGCAGAAGGAGGACCAACCCCCCCCCACCUCUAAUAGACAUGCGACUUUACUCAGAUUUAUUAUUUUUAUAUGAGCGAUUGGAAUCUUACUGUUUUUAAUCAUCAAUAAAUAUCUUCAAGAUG